GGGAAAGAAGAUGAGCUCAUCGGGUCCCGAUCUGGUGUGCCAACUCGACAACGUCCAAGGUAUGGUCGAUGCUCUCACCGCCGUCCGUUGGAAACGCCAUCAGGACGCGGUCAUGGAAUUAUCGGAGCACGGCGUCGUCUUGAUCGUGGAGGAGACUCGUUGUCUCCAAGCCAAAGUUUAUCUGCAGCGCGAGCUUUUCGUUCAGUACGAGUACAGUGCUCAAGGGCGGCCUCGGUUUGGAGUGAGCUUGAGCCUCUUUGUUAAUUGCCUCAACACUUUCUCAGUUCCCGGGCGCUCAAAUAUGAUUGAAAUUCGGUAUCCGGGACCAGAUAUGCAGCUUCUUCUCAAGUCUGUUGAUUCCAUGGAUGCUUGCAUUUAUGCAGAGAUCAGAACAAGGAUCCCGGAUACAAUUUCAUGGGACUACAACUUUGAACCUGCUGGAAGUACUCCUCUCAGUUUUACUGUCAAGUCUGCAGCACUGAAAGAAGCCAUUGAUGACCUUGAAUGGCCAGGAUCUAGCAUCCAGAUAACCUUGGAACCAGUUCCCCCUUCAGUUACCUUCAGAGGUGAAGGCCAUGGAGACUUACAGAUAGAUUUCAUGUAUUACGUGAACACCGAUCUUUUGAUCGCUUUCCAUUGUGAUCACAGAGUCUCUUACAGAUACAAGUAUAAGUUUCUUCGUGCAACAACUUCAAACAUACCCAGCAGUGUCAUCAGAGAUAACCGAGGAAGCAAGUUGACCAUUGGGAGAGGUGGGAUGUUGAAAGUUCAGCAUCUAGUUUCAGUAGCAAGACCAUCUAUUCCACAUCCACAUGUUGAUUCUGCUGGCUAUCAGCAACCGAGUCGAAUUGCUUACAUCGAGUUCUUUGUCAAGCCAGAGGAAUAUGAAGAAGACAUCCAAAACGGUUCCUAGGCAUUUUUAGGAAGAUUUUUCCAUCCUAAUUUGUGAUUAUAGCUGGAGACUGACUGUUUUAGUGAAUCUCAGUUUGUUCACUUGAACAAGCCUUACGCAUAUGUUGAUGUUUUCCAUGUUUUCUAUUUUUCAUUAUCUUUCACUUUGUUACCAAAUAUUUUUACUUCUACCCUUUGUUUGUCAGUCUUUAAAAUGUCAGCCCAUCACAGCUCCUUAUUUGAGGGAUGUUGUUAUCCUAUAAUGCAAAAUGUUUAUUGCUUAA